AUGUCAACGUUGUUGGAAGCCUCCGAUGGAAAUGCGAAGGGGGUACAACCACAAACUCUCUCGGGAACAACCGGCGUGGAAAGCGGUGGAGAAAAUGGCGAGACCUCUCGGGGCAAAUCUUCGGAUUCCAGCGGUGAAGAGGAAGCCAGCACGGGUCAAAAGAAGCCUCGCAGGCACAGGACCCAUUUCACCAGCCAGCAGCUGCAGGAGCUGGAGGCGACUUUUCAGCGAAACCGCUACCCGGACAUGAGCACAAGAGAAGAGAUAGCAGGCUGGACCAAUCUGACGGAGCCGAGGAUAAGGGUUUGGUUCAAGAACCGAAGAGCCAAGUGGCGGAAAAAGGAACGCCACCAGCAAACGGAGCUUUGCAAAGGAGCCUUUGGCUCCCAGCUGAACGGGUUGACCGGAAACCCUUACGAUGACCUCUACCCGACCUACGCCUAUAAUACCUGGACUCCUAAGGGGCUACACGGCAGCCCUAUCCACAGCAAAGGCUUCCAGCUCUACAACUCCAUCAACCUCAAUUCUUUCGUGCCCCAGAAUGUCUUCCCAGCCGCCUCGGGAGCUUCUCUGCCCAGAGUCCCGUCUUUGGACAACUUCAACAGCCUGGCAAGUCCUCCCGGGCACUCGGGUCCUAUGUAUGGGCCUGGUGCCCCUUCGCCCUACAUGUACAGGGACCCCUGCAACUCAAGCCUGGCGGGACUGAGACUCAGAGCGAAACAGCCACAAUCCCCUCUCGAUUAUGGUGCCGCCCAGACCCUCAGCCCCAGCUCAAGCCAGUAUCACCUGGACAGGCCGGUGUGA